AUAUGAAUUUGCCUCUAAAACGUUUGCCAUUUUACUUUUGCAUUUUUUAAAAGUAUCAGCAUAGCUAGCCUGAGAAUCUCAUUUACGAUAAAAUCGCAGCCAUGGAAGGUAAUUGAGCUUUUUCAAUAAAUAGUUUUAGAGGCCUUUGAAAGUAUAAAUCUAAACAUUAUAUUGUUAGAUAAACAGGAAAACUAUAAGGAGAAUCUUGAAUUCUUCUCGUGAGAAUCCCUCCUUUAGAACAGAUGAUGGAUAGAGAAAUGAUAACGCUCUUUUGAAUCCUCCUUUUGUGUCUUCAAAAUAUCCUAGUUUGAAAAAAUGAAGAUAAAACUAUUAAGCGAAAGAAGCAGGCAAAUGUUUAGACAAUUUAUGGAAGAUCUCCGCCUAAUCUUUUGUGACCGUGAAAAUGGUAGCUAUAGAGACAGAUGACGCUGUAUUCACUUCAAUUGACUUCCCAAGAACCAUGGAGUCAUCAUGGCUGACACGGUUGGAACAGAUGCAGAAAAAGUGUCUGAUGAAAUUUCUUCGAAAAUAUCAGAACAAAGCGCAAAGAAUUUCAUUCCUCUGAUCGAAGACGUCGCAGAAUGGCUUGCAAAGCUCUUCGAGAAAGAUAUUGAUGUAGACAAUUUCAUGGAUGAGCUUGACAAUGGAUACUUAAUAUGCCAGCUGGCUGAGAAGGUUCUAGAGGCAUCUGACCGUUUCUAUCUCAAGGAGGAGGCUCUGGAAGCAAACUCAACACCUCCGCUCCCAAAGCUGAAGUUUAAAAAGCACAAGCAUGCUACCAAAGAAUCAUUCCUAGCAAGAGAGAAUGCUGCAAAUUUUUUAAGCUGGUGCAGAGAAGUCGGCAUUCAAGAAUCAACACUAUUUGAAUCUGAUGGACUUGUUCUUCAUAGACAAGUGAAGAAUGUAGUUCUGACAUUGUUAGAGCUGGGUAGGAUUGGUGAAAAAUAUGGAAUGACACCUGUUCCAAAUCUAGUAAAGCUUGAGACCGAAAUUAAGGAAGAGGAAGAGAAAAAGCCAAUCCCACCAAAAAGUGCAGGAGGGAAGAAAAAUAAAUCUCUUGGGCCAUUAGAUUCAGAGGUGAAACGUGUGGCUGCGAAGUAUCAUGUAAAGCUAGAAAGAGUUAAAGAAGGAAAAUAUAUUUUGAAUGACAAACUAACAAUAUUUGUGCGUAUACUGCGUAAACAUGUAAUGGUUAGAGUUGGUGGUGGCUGGGACGAGUUUGAACAUUUUGUCAGUAGACACAACCCUGAGAAGAUUGGAAAAGUUUUGCUUUCUGUCUGAUCGUCUAAGUUUUGGCCUACCUCUGCGAAGAACGAUCAAAGUAAGCAAUGGUUUAUUGGGAGAAGCACAUUUAAAGUUAUGUUAAGAAUCAGGCACAAACAUGAAAAGCUACUUCGAGCAACCAUUCUCAUUGUCACAAACAACAACAGCAACAAAAAUACAGAAGCCCGACAUUUCGAGUCCAACGAGGUUUCUUCGCCUUCAGCUUUUGUCUUUCGAUAUAUUUCAAAAGCAUAGGCGAGUUAUGUAGAAACUGCAGCGAGGAUAAAUUUAAGGAUAGAUUUAUUUAUUUGAAAGACUGUGAAGAAAUUUUGUAAUUUUGUUUCCAGCUUGUAAUGCCAAAUUAUAUUUGUUCAUCUGCAAAGGAAUCUUGGCCGAUAUGACAACUGCACUCACACUAAUAGUAUGAGAGCAUCUUUAGGUCUGUAACUACUAUUGUUUUCAGGGUCUCCUGCUCCUACAAUAAUUAUAAAGAUCCAUUGUUUCCAAUAGACAAUUAAUUUUGUUUCCAUUGCUCUCAAACAGUCCUUUCUACGGUACUGGAUGUGUUUGCCGUAUGUAUCGAUCAAGCGAAUUUGAAUAUCUUAGACAGACAAACAAUUUAUUGAAUUCAUUAUUGAUUGAAUACCACAUCGAUUGGACUAGAUUAUAAUUAUAUAUGAAUUUGAGUUGUUUGAAAAUUUAGCAAAUGCAAGCAGAAAAAUACUUCAAAAGUGUAUUUACAUGAGAGCUUUGGCCUUAAACAUGAUAAAGCUUUCAAAAUGUUGUUUUAAUAUCGGCAUUGCUUAUGGUCAAAAUUCAAAUUCUACCUUUUUUAAGAUGUGUAGCUCACAUCAAGUAACUCACAUCUUCAAGUAAAGCCAUCACUAAUAAUAGUCUUAUUCUACAAAUUGCGUUUAAAUUCUUGUUGCCUGCAGACUCAAUUAUUGUGCUGUACUUUAAGACAACUUUCAAGUUUUGACUGAUCACUAUGCAUUGACCGCCAUAUCAUAAACAUGGAUUUUACCCUGGUAGGCAAUUAAUUUUAGGGUACCUAAAAAAUCUUAUGUUGGACCGUUUUUUAAAUUUACGUGGAUGACGUACAAUCACUGCAAAAAGUUUUGGAACACUAACGUCAGUUUUCAAAGGCAAAUUCAGCCACCCCCCUCUCCCCCUAAGAACAAUGUUGAUUUACUAUAGAAAAAAGGAAGGGAUUGUGGAGUACACUUUUUCGUGUGCCUUGUAUGAUAUUUUUCUAUACUUUAAACAUUGUUUUUUGGGGAAAAAGGGGACGGAAGUAGUUGUAUUUGGGAAAACAAAUGAAGAAUGGAAAAGCACAGCGCAAAGUGUUGGGUGUUCCAAGUAAUUUUGGCAGUGAUUGUAUGUAUAUUUCCUACCGAUGGUAUGAUACAUGAAGAUAUCAAUGAUACAGUUGGUAGCAUUGCACUGAUGUUUCUUUCUUGGAUCAAUCUUUUAAAGGUUACUCACAAGGUUUUAAUUAAAUCAAAUUCUCCCUUCUGAUCUUUAGCAAAAAUACUUUUUAUUCAUAAAGUAUCAGCUACUAAUGUAAACAUAAAAUUGAAGAAUUAUCCAAAAAGUUUCAUGA